GCAUUAUCUACAAUAUUAUAAGAAUAAUUAUUUUCUAAUGUAUACAGAUAAUAUAAUUUUAGUAGUAUCAGGUGUAUAAAUAUUUUAAUUAGGAAAACAAGAGGAGGGAGGAGAAGCUUCGUAGAAAGAUACAACACAAAAAUAAUUAUUAUUCUUAAAAAUGGGAAGGACAGAUGAACACUUUAAUUCUUUCUGUUAAAAAUGAAAGCUGUCAAUAAAAUAAACAAAUUGAUUAAUCUAAUCACCAAUUAAUAUUAAUCACCUACAGCACCCUUGAUCACUAUACGCUAAAAACAGGGUUUCAAAUUGGGCUUCAAGAGAGGACAAAAAGCAAAUAAUAAAUUAAAUCUUAAAAACUGAAAAUCUAUGAAAAAAAUAAUAAGUUAAAAAGAAAAAGUAGAGCACCAGAGAACAUGCAAAUAUGUUGUUAAAUUAUUAAUUUUUCUAUUAAUUAAAAAAAACAAACAUUUUAAGUCGAAGGAGUUCGGCUGACAAAAAAGAUCUGGUUUAACAUCACUUCAGUUUAUCGACUAAUACGUUCUUCUGUUCUGAGUUUCCUUCAUCUUCCUGUUGUUGUUGUACUGCACUGUGUUUGGGUUUGGAGGAGCGAAGUCCUGGCCAAAUGAAAAAAUCAGCACAGUACUGUAUCACAUGGAUCCCGACACCGCUGACAUCCCUCGAGUCACAUCUCCUGUUAAAUUACACCUGAUUCUGGCUUAACUGCUUCGUGCAGCCAACCAAGGCUUUUCAGUCCAAGAAAAGUUUUGUGGCGCUGCUGUAAUAUUCAGAUCCAGGAAAUGAGUGCAAGUCUGAGACGGCACCUCCCAGAAUCUGAAGUGUACCUUCUGCGCCCCAGUGUUGGCCCGGACUCAAAGCGCAGUCUGCCUGCUGGAUGUUUUAUGUCUCUUAUAAAAGCGAGAGCCCCUUGAGCGGCCAGGCUUACGUUUGUCACGACAUUCACUACAGAGAACUGAAAUAUGGCAGAAGCUCGUCGGCCAGCGUGCCCAGUUUCCAUGCGCUCGUCAGCUCCCGUAAAUCUGCGGCUCCGAGUCUGUUAACGCUGUGGGAUGGAAGGAAACGCCAGACGUUUGCCACCCCACCCAAAGGCCGAAGGUUGAGGCACGGCUGUGCUUUUCCAGACGGGACAGUCUCAAACAGACCCCAACCAAACGUGGGAACUCUGCAGUUUCUGUCAGUCUCAUUUAUAUUUAAAGGGUUAGUAGACUGAAAAACUCAAAACCUUGAAUUUACUCACCCUCAUUUCCAUCCAAAAUCCCAAAACAGAAAAUAAGCUUUUUUUGAGUGCUGUUUUUGCCCAUCCAGUGAAAGUCAACGGGGCCUACAAGUCUUCUUUACAAAACACAAUCACUUAGUGUGAUAGACAGAUUGAAAUAUUAGCCCAUCCACUUGAUCAGUGCACACAGACAAAGACUAAACCACAAUGGCCACCACUUUAAAUGAAACCUCAUUGGUUCUGGAAUAUCUUGUAUGUCAUGACAACUGAGGUUUGUGUCAUCGUAUAUAUAUUUUAAUUGGUUGUAUUUGAUAAUUUGUCACUCACUCACUGACCUGUUCAUCUGACAGACGCUGUGUUGUGGCUGUGGAAUACUGUUUGAUUGCACGCACAGGAACGGCGUGUUUUCGUAGGUAGGAUCCACGUGGAGUCUCAGCAGAGAGUGGAAAAGGGUUUAGUCAGGUGCCAAAACCCCCGGCAUUCCUGCGCUGACCUCGGACGCCUUUCCCCUCGACUGCCCCCGGGGAAGGUCUGUCUCAGCACGGGCCAGACUCGAGUCCCGGGGCGGAUCUGAGGAACAAUCAGAAGAAAUAUGCUCAUACACCACCAUAAACUGACCAUAAUCAGUCCCGCCAUCUACGCUGAAGUCCAUUAGAGUUCACUGCUUGCAGGCUCCAGACCGCAUGCCGUCAUGCUGUCCUUAGACGAGCCACUGGACCUAAAAGUGCCGAGGGGGCGGGUCAGUGGGCGGGACAGAGGCGCCAGGUCUCCGCCCACUCUCACUCCCUCUCCCAUUCAUGGCAAGGGGGCGGGGCAGCUGCGGAUGGCAGACGACGGGACUGCAGUCAUCAUUCCAGCGUCUCCACACACAGCAGGUGUCCUGCAGGAGAAGUCGGAGACCCCCACACCCCCCGCCGUGGACCUCAGCAUGUCCCCGUCUUCCCGAAACACAGCCUGCUCUCCGGAACUCUCCAAUGGAAAUGGCUCAGCUCCCAUUUUCCCCGGAGACUCAGCUCAUAUCCGUUACUUGGAGGGAGGAGCCACAUCUCAAGCAUUUCAGUUCUUCGUGCCCAUUGGAGGAGGUGCAGGGCUUCACCUGCCUUCAUCAAUGUUCAUUCGGCAGCCCAAGGACACAAGAGCUUCUCCAGACCUCUCUGCAGAUGAACAGCUGGCCUGUCGCUGGAGGAAGUGCCACCUACUUUUUGACUCCUUGCAAGACCUGGUGGACCACGUCAAUGACUUCCAUGUCAAGCCUGAGAAGGAUUCUGGGUACUGUUGCCACUGGGAUGGAUGUGCACGCAAAGGACGGGGAUUCAAUGCCAGGUACAAGAUGCUGAUCCACAUCCGUACUCACACUAAUGAGAAACCACACCGCUGUCCUACCUGCAACAAGAGCUUCUCCCGACUGGAGAACCUCAAGAUUCACAACCGCUCACACACAGGAGAGAAGCCCUACAUCUGUCCAUACGAGGGCUGCAACAAGCGCUACUCUAAUUCCAGUGACCGGUUCAAACACACGCGCACACACUAUGUGGACAAGCCCUACUACUGCAAGAUGGUGGGCUGCUUGAAACGCUACACAGACCCCAGCUCCCUAAGGAAGCAUAUCAAGGCUCAUGGGCACUUUGUAUCCCAGGAGCAGGGAGGUCCAGGAGGGGUGGGCUCCCUGAUGAAGCCGGGGCAGAACGCAGGGGGAGGGAAAGAAUCUGAGCUGACUUACGUCAGUGGGGCCCACAUCAUCAUUCCUAGUGCUGCCGCUGCUCUCUUGGGCAGUCAUGGUCUGCAGGGUCUUGGAGGGUCCCUCCCAUUGUCCCCCCUCAGUCCCCGCCCCUUGGACUUGAGCACACUGGGCUGCCCAAGCUCCCCUCCAGCUGGGCUUGGGGGGACAUCCAUCCUGUCCUUCAGCAGUUCCCCGCUUGGUCUGACCAAGUCACACUUUCUGUCUCCUACCUUCUCAUCUUCCACGUUGGGGUUGCCCAUGGUGCCCAUGUUGGGCUCGGAGCGCAGGGACCAUGGCAAGGGCAAGGCCAGAGGCGAGGAGGGUGAGGACGAGAUCCAUGGCGGUGUGCUCAACCUGUCUACUGGGGCGUCCCACGACCCCCUGUCUUGGGUUGUCAUCCCUUCUGGCCCAGUGGUGCUGAAGCCGGCUGUGGUCAACUGAACACAACAUUCCAGAGGAAUGGCAGGGGAAGGGUGGGGGUGGAACAGGGGUCAGAGGUCGGAGGCAAGCCUGUGGGGGGGGUUUUACAAAGCAAAUGCAGUUAUGCUUGGAGGUGACACAAUCUUCUUCAACUUUUAGCGCUACUUCAGUUCAAAUUUGUACCUUAUGGUCGGACACAGCUACCUGUAUCUUAUGAUAAUAGGGAUGAUAUCUUGAAGAAAAUUUAGUGUAACGAUUCAGAAAGUUGCCAAACAUUCACCUCCGUUCCAUUCUUUUUCUCUCUCUGGCUUAUCUUUGUAACAGGGUUGUCCAAUUCUGUGCCUGGAGGGCCACCUUCCUGGAGACCAGGGGUUGCCCACCCCUGGUCUAAACUCUGCAGGAGGGUGGCCCCCAAGAAGCAGGAUUGGACCCCAAGUCUUGUCCGUUUUUUGUUUUUUUUUUUGUUUUAUGACAGCACUGAUCUAAAGGCAGACUUAAGAAUCUGUGCCCUUGCUUCAAGAAACAAUUGUAUUUAUGUUUAAGAGAAACUUUUGGACGACAGUGUACGCAACACACUAAAGACACAAACGUGUGCUAUUAUUCUUCAGGAACUGACCUUCAAGUCAGUCCAUGCGUUAUGAAAAGACCUCUGAGCACAGAAAGCCAGAGGUCUUUGAGGCUGAAUCGCAUGGGCCAGGUCAGGCUUGCAAAGAGGUGCUGAGGUCGUAGGUCAGGCGAGAGCAGCUCAUUUACUGGCCCAGUAGUGUCCAAUUCUGUCCCUGGAAUGCCACUUUCCUGCAGAGUUCUACACACUUGGCUGUACGUUUGUAGUGAUCCUGAAGACCUUGAGUAGCUGGUGCAGGUGUGUUUACAUAGGGCUAGAGCUAAACUCUCCCAGACAGUGGCCCUUUAGGAGCAGGAAUGGACACCCCUGCUUCAAACUGUCCAGAGACCCUCUGCAUCCCUUGCAAGUGAACUUCUUUAGCUCAAUGCUAUUACAAGCUAUAUGACAAACCUUGCAUUUGCUGCUAGCUGUAUCACUGCAAUAUUAGCAUACAUCUUUGAAUAAAAAAAGAUAUAGUAUGAACGACAAUCUGUCCUUUGAGGAGGAAAUAGAAACCUUGAUUAGCUCUAUUUUGUUGAAUAAGAGAUUUACAGACACAAGGCUCAGACUGACUGAGUUUUAAGUCAUACAAGGGCACAAACUUUCCAAGCGCUAAUGCUAAUGCCCUAUAGGACAUGGCACUGAUGUAAAUAGUGUCAUCUUUUGGUCAUUACUUGUACUGCACACUACUAGUUGAACUAAGGGCCAGAUUUAACAGAAUUUAUGGUUGAUGCAGAAUAGUGUAAUGUUUAAAAUAAACAUUAUCCACAACCCAGUGAACAUGUUCAAAUGUGCAAAAUACAAAUUUAGGUAUAUUGCAACAAUUAAGGGCUUAGUUUGGUUUCUCAAUUUACUUUCAUAGUUUGCUCUAUAGUAAAUCACUGUGCUAAAAAUCUAAUUGUAUACCCAGAGAUUAAAAUAGAGACUUAAUAAUAAAGUGUAGAAAGCACUAUUCAGGUGGCCAAAAGACAGCAUUUUGAUUUAAGACCCUUUCACAUGACACACAUCAUUGUUCUCCAAGACAUCAAACUCUAGAGUGAGGCAUCAAGUUUCAGCAUCUCUCCAGACGUGGAUCACAAAUGGAGCUGUAGGCGACCCGCCAAAUACUAAAAAUUUCACACUGGACCCCAUUUGCCUCUGAUUUUCCCUAGCUGCAUAAUGUAUCAUUGUGAUACAUCGUACAAAUUUAAAAUCAAAACUCAAAAGACUGAUUCUGUGCUAGAUUUUAGGCACAUUAAGUUGUACAACACUAUAUUCAUAUUGUACAUUUUAUGGUGCUAUCUGCAAAGUCUUGAAGUGGGUCAUGUGAGUGAGACUUUACACCGUCUUUGUCGUACUCCACUGAUGAUCAAUGUGUCGCGAUCAAGAACUCAUUUGCAGCUGCUUUCUGUAAUGUCCAUUACUCGUAGAUUGGGAUAAAACAAAAUAGAGAAACAAACGAAUGUAAUUUUAAAAACAUUCCGACUGAAAUAAUCGCACUUCUUUAAAACAUGAACCCUGCCCUGCCCUCCAAACCAUUUUUACACUCAGAGUCUUAUUCCAUAAUUAUUUUUGUCUUAUUGUUUGUGGUAAACUAUACGGUUAUUGCCAUGUUGUUUUGCUGACUUUUUGUUUGUUCGUUUGUUUUGGACGUGACAUUUCCUGAUGUUGAAGUUGCUUUGUUUCUGCUAUUGCUACUCUGUGUUUAGCUUUCUCCAGCGAGUGAAUCAUGAGGAAAGAGGGAGAAGUAACAGGAGGUGGUGACGGACAAGUUUGCAGGAAGGGUUUUCGUAAAAAUUUAGCUCAUAAUCAUACCACAAUGCUUGAAGUUUACAUACUGUACAA